AUGGCGACCGGAGUGAUUAAAUUGGACAGCAUCGAUGAAGUUUUCGAUAAGGCUGCCAAAAGUAUACAUCGGAAAUCUUCACAUCUUUCGCAUAGCGAUCGUUCGUCUUCUGGUGUAUCGUCAGAGUCAAGUUCACCAAUUGGAACUCCUUCGGUGACCAGCUUCAGUAACCCCGUAGCGGAUAUACUCGAAGACCGACGAGCGUACAAUAAUCCUGCUUUGCAGCUUGAUCCCAGUGAACUCGUAUGUCAUAAUGUCACUACACGAAAUGUGUGCACUGGAGUCGUAUCGCUGAGGGACGAGUUAUGGCUGGACAUCGAGGCGCAUCUGCAGCCGCAGGCGCCAACGCUCCCGCCGACGACGACGCGAACUCUGGCCGAGAAGUGCCGCCACUUCGUACAGAGUAAGUGGAGGUCUAUUCCUCUGUCGAUGUUGCCUGUGAAAGAAGCGAAUGGGGAUCAACGACCUCUCUCGCCGCCCGAUAAAGGCGACAAAGACGAGAACGCCAACCAAACGACACCUAAACCUCCGGCUCCAACCGCCGCCACGACACCCUCCACGUCGCGAGGCGAUGCCGCCGCCGCCUCCUCCAAGACGGAGGCGACAGCGAAGGAUCCUGACGCGGCACCGCCGUUCUCCUGCACACCGGUCUAUAUCGUGAUCCUCUUAGCAAUAUUUGUUGUGUUAGUUGUGGGUGCGAUAACCACGAUUAUCGACAUGCGUCCAGAAUUCAUUUACGGUCCUCGGACGAACGUAACGCAAGAGCUCGUCAACGUUACCGUUCCGCCGUGA